AUGAAAUACGAGAUGUCUAACAAAUAUUUUUUAACGAUAAUUCUGGUUUGGAUAUCACGUUUGAUUAUUGUUGCAUCGAAUAGAGAUACAUGUGUAACACCAUACGGUCCAGUGACUCGAUUUGGAACAUAUUUUAUGCCAACCUUUGUGGCAACGGGCGAUUUCAAUAAUGAUAAUCAGUUAGAUAUAGCAGUUUCAGAUUAUAAUGGUAUGGUUAGUGUUUUACUUGGGAAUGGUGAUGGCACAUUUCAAAAUCAAAUAUAUGUUUCUAUAGAUGGCGAUGCUUUGAUCUUUAUUGCAACUGCUGAUUUCAAUAAUGAUAAGAAUUUAGAUUUAGUUGUAGCUAGUCAAGAUAACUUAAGAAAUUGUGUCUAUAUUUUACUUGGCAAUGGAAAUGGUACAUUUUCAACUCGUUAUGAAUACACAGUUGGUGUUGGACCAUCUUCAGUAGCAAUUGGAGAUUUGAAUGAGGAUACGAAAUUAGAUUUAGUUGUAACUAACGCUUAUAAUAAUAGUGUUAGUAUACUUUUUGGAGUUGGAAAUGGUACAUUUAUUAAUCAAAAAAUGUAUACAGUUAGCUCGAGUCCAUCUUUUGCCACUAUUGGUGAUUUCAAUAAUGAUAAGAAAUUGGAUUUAGCAAUAACUCUGAGCAAUCAAGCACAAGUUAGCAUUUGGCUUGGCAAUGGCAACGGUACUUUUCGUCGUCGAACAAAUUAUAAAGUCGGUUCGCAACCAAUUUUUAUCGCUGUAGCAGAUUUCAAUGAGGAUAAUAAAUUAGAUCUAGUUGUUGCCAACUAUAAUCAAAGCAAUGUUAGUGUUCUACUCGGUGUUGGUGGUGGAAUAUUUCGAAAACAAAAAACAUACGCAACUGGUGCAAAUCCAAAUUCAGUGGCUGUCGGUGAUUAUAACAGCGAUGGAUAUUUGGAUUUAGCAGUGGUUAAUGAAAACGAAAAUAACCUAUGCAUUCUAUUCGGCAAUGGAUAUGGAAUUUUUCAUCAGUCAGAUAAAUAUAUGACUGGUUCAUGGCCAAGAUCAGUCGUAUCAGGUCAUUUCAGUAACGAUAACAAUUUAGAUCUAGUAGUGGCGACUUAUUCUGAGGCUAAUAUUUUGAUAUUACUCGGUAACGGCGAUGGAACUUUUCCGAAACCAACUGUUUUUCCAACUGGUACUGGUCCAGUCUCUGUGGCUGUUGGUGAUUUCGAUAGGAAUAAAAAAUUAGAUUUAGUUGUGGCUAAUGCUGGUAAUAAAAGUGUUAGUAUUCUACGUAGUAAUGGAAAUGGCACAUUUCAAAAGGAUAGAAGAUUUUCAGUUCAUUCCAGUCCAUCCUGUGUGAUCACUGCUGAUUUCAAUAAUGAUCAAAACUUAGAUGUAGUUGUUACUUUUACUAAGACAAAUAAAGUUGGUGUUCUACUUGGUCAUGGCAAUGGAACAUUUCAUAACGAAAAAACCUUUGGAGUUGGUGCAGGCCCAACUUCUGUAGUCGCAGGCGAUUUCAAUAAUGAUCGUAAUUUAGAUUUAGCCGUAGCGAAUUGUUAUGAUCGCUCUGCCAGUAUUCUAAUUGGUAAUGGUGAUGGUACCUUCAAAGAACAAGUCAGUCUUUGGGCUGGUGGUGGUUCAUGUUCAGUGACUGCAGGUGAUUUCAAUAAUGAUCGCAAUUUAGAUUUUGCUGUGGCUACUUUUGCUGACAACACAGUUAAUGUUUACCUUGGCCAUGGUGAUGGAACAUUUGGAGGGGUAAAGACAUACACGACUGGAAAUGUUCCAGAGUCAGUAGCUGUUGGUGAUUUCAAUAAUGAUCACAAUUUAGAUAUUGUCACAGCUGAUAAUGGACAAAAUGACGUCGGAAUUCUAUUUGGUGAUGGUAAAGGUUCUUUUUCCGGUGUCCAAUCAAUUGGAGGUCUUUUUGGUCCCAUUUUUGUUACUGUUGGUGAUUUGAACGAUGAUAAAAAUUUAGAUCUAGUAGUUGUAUUAGAGACUGACACGACUAUUCAAGUUGUUUUAGGAAAUGGUAACGGAACGUUUCGUGACGCAGUACGUUAUACUACUGGCCAUGGCUCCAAAUCUGCUGCAGUAGGGCAUUUCAACUUGGACAAUAAACAAGAUCUAGUAGUGGUCAAUUCGGGAGAUGACGAUAUAGCCAUUCUUCUUAAUUCAUGCUCUUGA